CACAUGUUACAAGACACGUUCAGAUAACAAACCACUGCCACCCAAAUCUUCAACACUUAGCCUGUACUGCUCUUCAUUACUUUAUUUCUCUGUAAAUUAAUUUUCUUCAUCAUUGUUUGCACCAAUUAUGUAAAGAAAUCAUAACCCAAAACCCGCCAGCGCUUUCCUCAUUGGUUUUUAGUUAAGAAGAUACAUGGAAAAAGGGUCUUAUGCUUUUUGGGUGCUAGAUUCCAUUGUUUGAAAAUGUGAUUUGCAGACUUGCAGACAAGCUUGAAAAUUCAUAGCCUAUUUGGUCAAUUUUUGAGGGAGGCAAACGCAAGAAAGAUAAAAGGAGUUCCCACGUUUUUUUGAAUUUUAAACCACAGAAAACAACGCAUCACAAUCAUUGGCAUUCUAUAAGAGAAAGGUCGAGUCUUCAUAAAUGUGAAGCACAGGAAGGUCUCAGUUUUCUCGUAUAGGUGUUUUUUUUAUGUCUCUGUAGGUGAUUCUUUGCAGACAUAUAUUUUGGGAUCUGGGUUUUAUAGGUAUAAGUGCCCUGUUCCAGAAUUGUUUUGGGAUUUGUGCUUCUGGGUUUCUUUUGAAGUUCUUGUAGUUGAUCUAUUGGUGGAGGACAUACUUUAUUUGAAUUGUUAGUCUUCUGAGUUUUAAUGGGUUACCAAAGCCCACUAUUUGCAUCUCUUUGCAUUUUGCUACUUUCAUUUGGAGCUAGUUUUGCUUCUUCUAUUCAAGAUCAAGUGAGGGAUAGAAUAACACAGUUGCCAGGGCAGCCAGCCAAUGUGGGGUUUCGUCAGUAUUCUGGUUAUGUCACUGCCAAUGAGCAAGCUGGGAGAGCAUUGUUUUACUGGUUGGUUGAGUCCCCAGCGCAUCGUGAACCGGAGUCCAGACCGCUAGUGUUGUGGCUCGCUGGUGGUCCAGGUUGUUCUUCUGUUGGUCAUGGAUCAGCUGAAGAGAUUGGACCUUUUCAUAUUAGACCUGAUGGAGAGACCCUUUACAUGAAUCCGUAUGCUUGGAACAAUUUGGCAAAUUUGCUUUUCCUUGAAUCUCCAGCUGGUGUUGGUUUUUCAUACACUAAUACGUCUUCAGAUUUGUAUACAUCUGGAGACCAGAGAACAGCUGAAGAUGCGUAUACAUUUCUGGUCAAUUGGUUUGAAAGGUUUCCUCAGUACAAGCACAGAGAUUUCUACAUUGCUGGAGAAAGUUAUGCAGGUCAUUAUGUUCCUCAGCUGUCUCAAUUGGUUUAUGAGAGAAAUAAGGGAAUUCAGAAUCCAGAUAUCAAUUUUAAAGGGUUUAUGGUAGGAAAUGCUGUAACUGAUGAUUACCAUGAUCUUGUUGGCACAUUCGAACACUGGUGGACACAUGGUUUAAUUUCUGAUUCCACCUAUCGUGAGCUGCGAGUCAAGUGUUACAAUGUUUCCAUUCUGCAUCUAUCACUGGCUUGCUCGGAGGCCCUCAAAGUAGCAGAUUCAGAGCAGGGAAACAUUGACCCAUACAGCAUUUACACCCGUCCUUGUAAUAGUACUGCAGCACUAAAGCGCAACUUGAGGGGUCAUUAUCCAUGGAUGUCCAGAGCAUAUGAUCCAUGCACUGUGUUGUAUUCUGAAAAGUAUUUUAACCAUCCAGAAGUCCAAAAGGCACUCCAUGCAAAUGUAACUGGAGUUUCGUACCGUUGGACAACAUGCAGUGAUGUUAUUGCAGACAACUGGUCGGAUUCUCCACUGUCUGUGCUUCCAAUUUAUCAAGAGCUCAUUGCUGCGGGUCUCAAGAUAUGGGUAUACAGUGGAGAUACUGAUUCAGUGGUUCCUGUGACUGCCACGCGUUACUCCAUAGACGCCCUUAAGUUACCGACCAUCACCAAUUGGUUCCCAUGGUAUGAUACUGGCAAGGUUGGUGGCUGGAGCCAAAUAUACAAGGGGCUGACAUUAGUCACCAUUACCGGAGCUGGACAUCAGGUCCCACUCCUUCGACCUCGAGAAGCUUUCAUUGUUUUCAGAUCAUUUUUGGAGAACAAGCCCAUGCCUAGUUAAUUUUCAUUUCCAAUCUUAUUCAAACAUAUUCUUGAUGAAUAAGCAGCACAAACACCUGGAACUUGCAACCAUUUUCCAUAUACAAACGCCGUGAAGAUGGAAAUGAUAAAAUAAGAGAAGUAUUCAUCUCGAAUUCCUCUCCAUUCUUGCUUCGAGCAGCGUCAUUUUCAUAUUGUUCUGUAGUUGCUAUCUGGCUAUUGGGUAAUGGAUAGCAUUUAUGAGAAGGAAAGCUACUGAUAAGUAAGAGCAAUUGUACUAUACAUAUAUAUAGAUGGAUUCCUCAUAUUAAAGAAACAUUCUUUGGGUUUCAGUUUAGUAGAAGUGUUCUCAUCAGUUAUAUUGUACUGGUAUGUGCGACAUAUAUAUAGUCUUCUUCACAAGUUCUUA